AUUUGGAUGACUCCGAUCAAAACUCCCCUCCACAUGACACCUCUUAUCCAGAAGAAUUCGAGGAGAGAUCGCCGCUACUCCGUCGCCGAUGGAGGUGCUCCGUUCCUACUUUGGCCCGCCCGUAGGUCUCUCGAGGCCGCGAGGCUUCUCCUCGUUCCUCUCCGGCCGGAACUACCGCCUCGGUGGCGGUUCGAAAUGGUCGCCUCCUGCCCGCCUCACUCCGCCUACGUGGAGACCUCUUCGCUGCGCUCCUUCGGCGUUGCCGCUUGAUGUCUCGCCUCCACCGAUCGAUGGCGACCCCGAACUCAAGGCGACUGAAGGUGCAGCAUUAGAACACUGUACUGCUGAAACAUUUGGUGAUGAUAAUGCAGCUAUUGAUGCUGCCUUUAAUGGAGUUGCGAUCAUGGACCUCUCACAUUUUGGCCGCCUAAGAGUAACUGGCGAAGAUAGGGUCCAUUUUCUUCACAAUCAAUCUACAGCGAACUUCGAAUGUCUAACUGAAGGAGAGGGGUGUGAUACUGUUUUUGUUACUGCAACUGCUCGAACAAUUGACAUUGCUUAUGUCUGGGUUAUGAAGAAUGCAAUUCUGUCACUUGUGUCUCCUUCUACCAGCAGUAGCAUAGCUGAAAUGCUUAACAAGUAUAUAUUCUAUGCUGAUAAGGUUGAAGUUCAUGACAUCACACAGCAGACAUGCUUUUUUGCUCUUAUUGGACCUAAAAGUAAUCAAGUCAUGGAGGCAUUGAAUCUUGGAGAUAUUGUUGAACAACCAUAUGGUACACAUCGGCAUUACAAUGUAAAUGGAGCUCCGUUGACCAUUGGCAUUGGAAGCAUCUUGUCAAGAGAUGGUUUUUCAUUCAUGUUAUCUCCAGCUUCUGCUAGAUCUGUGUGGAGAUCUCUUUUAAGUCAUGGUGCCAUUCCUAUGGGAGCUAAUGCCUGGGAGAGGCUUCGAGUUCUUAAAGGAAGGCCAGCCCCUGGAAAGGAGCUAACCAAAGACUACAAUGUACUAGAGGCAGGCCUCUCGAUGGCUGUUCAUCUAGAUAAAGGUUGUUACAAAGGCCAAGAGACCAUAUCUAGGCUUAUCACCUAUAACGGUGUGAAGCAGCGAUUAUGGGGGAUAAAACUAUCAGGCCAAGCGGCGCCAGGGACUUCUAUCAUGCUAGAUGGAAAGAAGGUUGGGGUGCUUACGAGUUACGCUCUGGGAAGAAGAGAUGGGGAGCAUCUCGGCCUCGGGUAUGCCAAAAGACAUGUUACUCCAGCUGAUGAGGUGUUUAUUGGGGAUGUAAAAGGGACUUUAGUGGAUGUGCCAUUCUUGUCCUACACAAAGUUGUGAAGUGCCAAUUCUGUUAUAUCUCAGUUGCCUGCAAAAUCUUGGCUCCACUUUAGUAGUCCAUCCAAAGACAAGAUUUUAUACUUUAAACCCUCAUUCCCGCAACCCAGUUCUUCUCUGACUUUUCUUUUAAAUAAUAUUUUUGGUCUGCAGAAAAUAUAAUACAUUGAUUAUGGCCAUUGCAGCUA